GACAGAAUUUCGCUGACUUUGACUUACUAAGUUUGUAAGUGUUACGGCGAGACGUGAACGUGUUCGCACUACUUGGCGAUAACAACUCGACAAUAAGAAGCACGUGAACUCUCGAACUCUCUUAUUAUUAUUUCACGUAUUAUCCACAUGUACAUUCCUUGAUCGAAUCUAUCAUAUUCGAUCAUUCCACACUGUUCUAUCAUACUGCACUCUUCUGCUUUCUAAACAAUGAAGCGAACAAUGCGAGGACCUUUUAUGUUCAUUCUUGGUGUGAUUUUUUCCGGAUUUUUAUUCUCCAUGAUUUAUUUAAAAGAUAAUAGAAUUAGAGAUUAUCAGAAUAGCGAAGCAAUAAUAGAAACGCGGGUCCAGAGAAGUUCAAGGGUCGAAUUAGUAAAAUCUGUAGAUAAAUGUGAUUGUGUAUCGGAAAAGUCUGGAAAAACCUACAAUUUCUGCUAUAAAGAUCCACAGAAUGCAAAUUCUGUUGGCAAGAAAUUCAGCUGCGAUCAUUUGCCGAUUUUGGAAAAACUAAAUAUCUUAGAGCCUUCGGGAUCAUUUGUCGAUCUCACCGAUAUUGCUGAAAAUUCUAAAAAUUUGAUUUUCGCAUCUGCAGCAUCCGAUGAUCACUUUCAAAAUGAAGUUGGCACGAUUUCAGCAAUUUAUAAGUAUUAUCCGGACGCCAAGUUCAUAUUAUACAGUCUUGGACUACAAGCGGCCAACAUUUCCAAGCUGAAAUCCAUGUUUAAAAAUCUAGAAGUUCGAGUUUUCAAUACAAUCGGCUACCCGGAUUAUACGAAUCAUUGGAUGGAGUAUCGGUUUAAGCCACUGCUCCUAGCGGAGCUCCUGAAAGAGCAUCCGAAUAUUUGGUGGAUGGAUGCACAUUUGUCAGUGAAGAAGCCUAAUAUGGUGGAGCUGAUGAUGAAGGAGGUUGCAGAAAAAACUAAGAAAUCUGAGACAAAAGUGACAGUCUCCAUAUACUUCUUCAUUUAUUCCAGCCACAGCAACUUUGCCACAUUAAACACAGCUCUGCUGGACUACUUCCCAACAAAUUCGAUAGGCCUUCUGAAGGACCCGAACCUCGGAUCCCAGAUGGGUGCGAAUACAAUUUAUAUGGCAAGAACUCAGUAUACAAUGGAGACGUUUAAGUGGUGGGUCCUGUGCGCCCUUGACUACACUUGCAUGAAACCACCCGGAGCCCAGGUCUCCUGCAGAUUCCCCAAUAAUGAUCGGAAUACACAGUUUGCUCACUGCUUCAGGUUCGACCAAUCCGUGCUGAACCUUUUGAUGCUCAAUGACUUCCAGGAUCAUCACAAGUACUGGUCGUCACUGGGCCACUUGUUUUAGUUGUUUUAAAAGAAAUUGUUAUUAAAAAUUAAUUUAUAAAAUGUAAAUUUGAAAUU